AUGGGUGCAGGUUGUUGUAAGGAAGAAGAAAUUGAUUUUAAUGCCGAGGUCGAAUUAUCACAUUUUCAUUUAUUAAGAUCAGUUGGAAAAGGGGCAUUCGGCAAGGUCCGAGUUGUUCAACACAAACGUUCCAAGGUUUUGUACGCGCUCAAAUACAUCAACAAAGAAAAAUGUAUAAAAAUGCGAGCAAUAGAGAAUAUUAUACAAGAACGUCGUCUGUUGGAAGAGAUCGAAUUAUCGUUGAUAUGCAAUCUGCGUUAUGCUUUUCAAGACGACGAGAAUAUGUUCAUGGUGCUUGACUUGAUGUUGGGCGGUGAUUUAAGAUUUCAUCUGGAGAGACAAGGGCAUUUGGGAGAAGAGGUGGUGAAAUUCUAUGUUGCUGAAAUUAAUAAUGUGUUAUUGGAUGAAAAUGGUCACGCGCAUUUAACAGAUUUCAAUAUUGCAGUUCACUAUAAUGAAAAAAGACCUCUUACAUCAGUGGCUGAAAUAUUAAAAAAGAAAGGAUAUCUUAAUUCUGUUGAUUGGUGGUCACUAGGUGUUGUGAUGUAUGAGUUAUUGUUUAGCAAGCGACCAUUUCGUGGAAAAACAAAUACAGCUUUAACUCGUGCAAUUCUUAACGAGCCUAUUCAUUUUCCUGAAAAUGUUAAUGAAUUGGUUUCUGAAGAUUGUAUAGAUGUUCUAAAAAGGUUUUGUGAAAGGGAUAUAACUAAACGUUUAGGAUGUAAUGGUAUUGAUGAAAUUAAACAGCAUCCUUGGUUUAGUAAUAUAGAAUGGGAUAAUCUUGUUACAAAACAAGCAACCCCUCCAUUUAUACCUGAUUCUAAACGCGCAAAUUUUGACGCAACACAUGAAUUAGAAGAAUUAUUAUUGGAGGACAAUCCGUUGAAAGCGAGGAAACGUGCCAAUCCUAACCAAGAUCUUAGUGAACUUUCCAAGGAAGUUCGAAUGAUGGAAGAAAAGUUUCUUAUUUAUGAUUUUUCAAAAAUGUCUAGAAAAAGUUAUUACAAAUACUCACCAGAUAAUAUGAAGAAUCUACAAAGUUCUAUUGAUAUUAGCUCCGCCAACAACUCCAUAUAUUUAAAAACUCAACCUUCCUCAGUAAUAUCAUCAACACAUGAACGACAAGAAUCAGAUAUGACUGCCGUGACUUCAGCUGAAUAUAAAACCAUUCUACCAGGAGAUACUCAAAAACAAAAUUUUGGUGAUGGUCAUACAAAGGACGCGUCCAUUAAUAAUGAUGAAUUAGAGCGUCACACGUUAAAACCAUACUCAAGUGCUCAAGAUAUCAAUAAAAAAAGUGCCUCGAUGCUUUUCCCAUCAACAGCGCACACAAAAUCCUCAUCUUUAACAUUACCGUCUACCAAUUAUCGUCACAGCA